AUGCUCACCCAAACCGCCAGAUCGACCCGGCAUGCUCUGACACGCACAUGUCCUCCUCGCCUCCUCCGCCUCCUCCGCCUCCCGGAAUGCUCAACAGCACCGAGAUCACGAUACCGUCUCCUCCUCGCCGAACAGCAUGCCCCGGAUCGGGCCUUUAGUACUUCGCGGAUUCAUCCUGGCCGGUUCCUGAUUUCUGAAGGCAGGACGACAUCCCCCCCAGACGAGCAUGCCCAGACGCAGCCCUCGACUUCCCCCUUCUACCUCGAAACGGGCUAUUCGAUAUUUGCCAAACGACCGUCUCGCCCGUUCCCACCCCCAUUCGUUUCGGCGCCGUCAGGCUCCUUCUCUGAUCCCCUGACCACGCACAACUCACCUCGCGGUCGUCGCCCCUACGUCAACGGCCAACUUGUCCGCGGCAUCACCAAUGGCGACGACGCCAUCAUCAUAGGCGACGCCAACUUCAUCGCCGUAGACGACGGCGUGGGCGCGUGGGCGGUGAAAGAUCGGGGUCAUGCCGCCUUGUGGUCUCGGCUGAUCGCACACUUCUGGGCCGUCGAGGUGGAAAAGUCGUUCGCUGCAAAGAACGGCCAAGUCACAUUGGACGAUUUGAAUCCGAUCCAGAAUCUGCAGGAUGCGUACGAACAGACCAAGGCAGCCACAAAGGGCACGUUGAAGGACGAAGAAGACGAUCCCUCAUCUUCAUCUUCCUCAUCCCCCGAGGCCAAACAGAAAGCCAUAAAAGCGAAAGACGGCGAUGCGGACAACGACAAGGACAAAGACAAAGGUAAAGACAAACCAGGCGAGAACGACAUCCUCGGCACGACCACGGCGUCCUCUGCCCUCUUACACCACACGUCGGCCACGCCUCCCGUGCCCGUGAUCCUCGCCACGACAUUGGGAGACUGUAAAGUUCUCAUCCUGCGUCCGCCGCCGCCACAAUCAUCAUCAUCUUCUUCUUCAACAGGUACUCCCGACUCUUCCUCUCCCGGUGGUGGCAACGGCACAACCGCCAAGUCCAAAUCUAGCUCUGGCGCCUCUGCUGCCGAAGAAGUCGACUUUUCCAAGACCAUCGUCUACCGCUCCACCGAGCAAUGGCACUGGUUCGACUGCCCCCGCCAACUGGGCACAAACUCGCCCGACACCCCGCUGGCCAACGGCGUAUGUGACACGGUCGAGGUGUCACCCGGGGACGUCGUCGCCGUGCUCUCGGACGGUGUGACGGACAACCUGUGGGAACACGAGAUCGCCGAGACCAUCUGCACGUGCGUCCAAAAAUGGGAAUCCGGCGUCGACGAGGCCAAGGACGGCAUCGUCUAUGUGGCGCGGACGCUCAUGAACGCCGCGCUCGACGUCGCCCAGGACCCCAACGCAGAGUCGCCGUACAUGGAACGCGCCUUUGACGAAGGCAUCGCUGCCGAGGGAGGGAAACUAGACGACAUCAGCGUCGUGCUGGGCCUGUGUCGGAAACGAGAGAGCAAAUGA